CACGCUCGGGAGACGAGGACAACUCCUGGACUUGCACCUAAAGAGAAACGACAAUGGCAGAAGUUCCAAAUUUAAGUGAUCUCCCUAUGGACAACAGUGAUAACGAUGAAGAAUUUUAUGCCUGUGACAUUCCCAACAACAUGAAGGCCAAUAAAUAUUCACACUCCCAUGAAAGCCUUUCCAAAAUGCAUCUUCAGAUAAGAAAGCCGGAAAAAACAGGGCAUUUGCUCAAGAAACUGAAUGCGGUUGGUGUAGUUAUGGGAAAAUUAAAGGAAUGUCGAGGACUGAAGAAUCAGCUCUUUUUCUAUGAUGAUGAUCUGCUGCCUCCAGUCCUGGUGAACGAAAGCGUUACCUAUAAAGAAGAGGGGACAGUAGAAGCUGCUGAACGGAGAUUCGAAAAAGAUUCCGUUAAACCAUCAGAGCACACUAUAAAAGACCGAAACGAUAAGUCCUUCAAAAUGGAAGGCGAUGACUCUGUUGUGGCCUUAUAUCUAGCAGCGGGGAAUGAACACGUGGCAGUGAAAGUGAAGCUGGACACUUACUUUGAAAGAAAUCAUGAUAACUUGAAACGUCCCGUCACGGUGGGGAUUGUAGGCCGGAAUCUCUAUUUUUACUGCACUGAAGAAGGGAACUCAAAUCGGGUCCUCCGUCUCAUGGCAGUCGACAUAAAUGAAAAAGCGAAGACCAAUGAGGUGGUGCCCUUCAUCUUCUACUGCAGGCAAUCAGAUAGAAGGUCGCACUAUAGUUUUGAGUCCGCGGCCUUCCCUGACUAUUAUUUAAGCACCUCUCAAAAAGAGAGUGAGAAAGUGCAAAUAAAGCAGAAAGACGAUCAAACCGUCGUGAUGGAUUUCAUAUUAUCUCCAAAGUUCAUAUAAGAUGGCGCCACUUGUAUGUACGUACCAUGUAC